GGUACUUCUUUACAAGCGUAUAAAACAAAAACCCUAGCUGAACCAAAACCCUUCCACAGCUCAUUCCUCUGCAUAACUCUGUCUGCACCACCAUCGUCCCCUGAAAGAGACCCAGAAAUGGUUCGCAGCCUAAAAAACCCAAAGAAAGCCAAGAGAAAGAACAAGGACUCGAAAAAAGGAGAUGGGUCUUCGUCGUCUUCUUCGAUACCGUCAAUGCCGGCGAAGGUGUGGCAACCAGGUGUGGACAAAUUGGAGGAAGGAGAGGAGCUUCAGUGUGACCCUUCUGCUUACAAUUCACUCCACGCUUUCCAUAUUGGGUGGCCCUGCCUGAGCUUUGAUGUUGUACGUGAUACACUGGGGUUGGUUCGGACAGAGUUCCCACACACGGUGUAUUUUGUAGCGGGGACUCAGGCAGAGAAACCUUCUUGGAACUCUAUUGGAAUAUUUAAAGUAUCUAACAUCACUGGAAAAAGACGUGAAUUAGUGCCUUCCAAACCCGCAACUGACGAUGCUGAUAUGGAGAGUGAGAGUAGUGAUAGUGAUGAAGAUGGCGAAGAUGAGGAGCUGGGUGGAUCUGGGACGCCAAUUUUGCAGUUGCGAAAGGUAGCUCACGAAGGAUGUAUUAAUCGUAUUCGUGCUAUGUCACAAAAUCCCCAUAUAUGUGCAUCUUGGGCAGAUGAUGGUCAUGUGCAGGUAUGGGACUUCAGCUCUCAUCUGAAUAGUUUAGCAGAAUCAGAAUCGCAAGGUGCCCAGGGAGCUUCUUCAGUUUUCAAUCAGGCUCCUUUAAUGAAGUUCAAGCACAAAGAUGAAGGCUAUGCUAUAGACUGGAGUCCUCUUGUCCCUGGAAGGCUUGUAUCUGGGGACUGCAAGAAUUGUAUUUAUUUGUGGGAGCCUACAUCUGGUGCAACAUGGAAUGUUGAUGCUACUCCAUUUAUUGGUCAUGCUGCAAGUGUUGAAGAUCUGCAAUGGAGCCCUACAGAACCUCAUGUGUUUGCCUCUUGUUCUGUGGAUGGGACUAUUGCAAUAUGGGAUACCCGUUUAGGGAAGUCAGCGGCAGCAUCUUUUAAGGCACAUAAUGCAGAUGUGAAUGUCAUUUCAUGGAACAGGCUGGCUAGCUGUAUGUUGGCAUCUGGAAGUGACGAUGGUACAUUUUCUAUUCGCGAUCUCAGAUUGCUCAAGGACGGAGAUUCUGUAGUAGCACAUUUUGAAUACCAUAAACACCCUAUCACAUCCAUUGAGUGGAGUGCACAUGAGGCCUCUACUUUGGCUGUUUCAUCAUCGGACAAUCAACUCACAAUAUGGGACCUUUCAUUAGAAAAGGAUGAGGAAGAGGAGGCAGAGUUCAAAGCUCAAACAAAAGAACAAGUAAAUGCUCCUGCAGAUCUACCUCCACAACUUCUGUUUGUUCACCAGGGUCAGAAAGACUUGAAAGAACUUCAUUGGCAUUCCCAGAUUCCGGGAAUGAUUGUGUCUACUGCAGCAGAUGGUUUUAACAUCCUGAUGCCUUCAAACAUACAGACCACCCUCCCCUCAGAGGGUGCUUGAAACUCACAUAUGGUCCUUGGUAUAUGUUUCAAUGGUGUGAUAGCAUGCAUCAGCUGUAUGUUUCCAGGUGGCAUUGAUGUGAUGGCAGACCUCAGCUGUUGCCUUAAUGCAUACAUCGCCUGGAGCUCGGAUUAGGGUUGGUUGAACUGCCCUUACUAUGGCCGAAUAUUUCCCAGAUUUUUUUGUUUAUUUAUAAUUUUUUAUAUUCUGGGUGUGUUGUUACUGUUGCUCCCAAAAGUUUUGAAAAGCCUCAGAGUUGCUUCAAUUUUGUAAUUUUUAAUGUAUUUGUCAUAUAAAGAAGACUGCGAAAGCAAUGCAAGAUUUAGCAA